AUGAUGCAAACAAAAGCGCGGCACGACAAAAGGCAAGUGGCAAUCCUUAUGGUGUUGAUGCUUUUGUGGGAGGUGGGUUCAGAAUCCAUUCAGUACUCAGUAAUGGAGGAGACAGAAAGCGGCACGUUUGUGGCCAAUCUGACAAAGGACCUGGGAGUGGGAGUGGGAGAGCUGGCCUCACGGGGCGCCCGGGUUGUUUUCAAAGGGAACAGACAACCUCUGCAGCUUGAUCCGAACACCCAUGAUUUGCUGCUAAAUGAGAAACUGGACCGGGAGGAGCUGUGUGGCUCCACGGAGCCAUGUGUGCUGCCGUUCCAGGUGUUACUGGAAAAUCCCCUGCAGUUUUUUCAGGCUGCCUUGCUGAUCAGAGAUAUAAAUGACCACGCCCCAGAGUUUCCUGCCAGAGAAAUGGUUCUGAAAAUAUCCGAAAUUACUGCGCCGGGAAAAAUAUUCCCACUGAAAAUGGCACAAGAUUUAGACGCAGGCAGCAACAGCCUUCAGAGCUACACCGUGAGCACCAAUGCCCACUUCCACGUUGUCACCCGCAAUCGGAGUGACGGUAGAAAAUACCCGGAACUUGUGCUGGACAAGGCGCUAGACCGCGAGGAGGAGCCCCAUCUAGAACUGACCCUCACUGCGCAGGAUGGCGGGUCUCCUCCACGGUCAGGGACUGCAACGAUUAGGAUCCUGGUGCUGGACAGCAAUGACAAUGCCCCCGAGUUCGUUCAGGAGCGCUAUGAGGCACAGGUCCCCGAAAACAGCCCCCCAGGCUAUCGGGUUCUCACCGUUUCUGCCAGAGAUUUGGAUGCAGGAUCCUUUGGGGAGCUGUCUUACGCCCUAUUUCAGGUCGAUGACGUUAACCAACCCUUUGAAAUCGACACAAUCACAGGAGAAGUUCGCCUGAAAAAGACAUUGGACUUUGAGGAAUUUCAGUCUUAUCACGUGGAUAUCGAAGCCACAGAUGGCGGGGGUCUCACAGGGAAAUGCUCUUUAAUCCUCAACGUUCUGGAUGUGAAUGACAACGCCCCUGAACUGACCAUGUCAUCACUCUUCAGCCCAAUUCCAGAAAAUGCACCAGACAUAGUUGUCGCAGUUUUCAGCGUUUCAGAUGCAGACUCUGGACGUAACCAGGAAGUUGUUUGUUCUAUAGACGACAAAACCCCUUUUAUCCUAAGACCAUCUACGGAGAAUUUCUACACCUUAGUAACAGACGGACCCCUGGACAGGGAGGCCAGGGCCCAGUACACCAUCACCAUCACUGUCUCAGACCUGGGCACGCCCAGGCUGCAGAGCCAGCACAACGUGACAGUGCACGUGUCCGACGUCAACGACAACGCGCCCACCUUCAGCCAGGCCCUGUACACCCUGUUCGUGCUGGAGAACAACAGCCCCGCGCUGCACAUCGGCAGCGUGAGCGCCAGCGACAGGGACGCGGGCACCAACGCCCAGCUCACCUACUCGCUGCUCACACAAGACCAGGCAACGCAGCAGCCACAGGGACAGGGACAGGAGCAGGUGGACGUGGGCGCGCUGGUGGCCCUGGACGCGGCGAGCGGGCAGCUGUUCGCACUGCGCGCGCUCGACUACGAGACCCUGCGCGCCUUCGAGUUCGGCGUGCGCGCGUCGGACGGCGGGUCUCCGGCGCUGAGCGGCGAGGCGCGCGUGCGCGUGGUGCUGCGCGACGCCAACGACCACGCGCCGCGCGUGCUGUACCCGCCGCGCAACGGCUCUGCGGCGGGCGCGUGCCCCGAGCUGGUGCCGCGCGGCGCCGAGGCGGGCUACGUGGUGAGCAAGGUGGUGGCGGUGGACGGCGACUCGGGCCGCAACGCGUGGCUGUCGUACGAGCUGCUGCAGGCCACGGAGCCCGGGCUGUUCGGCGUGUGGGCGCACAGCGGCGAGGUGCGCACGGCGCGGCCUGUGAGCGAGCGCGACGCGCCGCAGCAGCGGCUGCUGGUGCAGGUGCGCGACCACGGCGAGCCGCCGCUCUCGGCCAGCGUGGCGCUGCACGUGCUGCUGGUGGACGGCUUCUCGCAGCCCUACCUGCCGCGGCCCGACGCGCCGGCGGGGCAGGCGGGGCAGGCGGGGCAGGCGGGUGUGGGGGGUGUGGGGGGCGAGGCUGGGCAGGCGGAGGCGCUGACGGUGUCGCUGGUGGUGGCGCUGGCGGCGGUGUCUUCUCUGUUCUUGGCGUCUGUGUUGGCGCUGGUGGCCGCGCGGCUGUGUGGGCGCGGCGGGGCCGGGGCUGGGGCUGUGGCGGUGGGGUCAGGGUGUGGGGUGUCUGUGGCCGAGGGCCGCUUCUUCCCUGCCGGGGCUGGGUGUGGUGGUGUGGGUCCUCUGGUGGACGUGGGCGGGGCGGGGACGCUGUCGCAGAGCUACCAGUAUGAGGUGUGUGUGAGUGGAGGGAGUGGGACUGGUGAGUUCAAGUUCAUGAAGCCGAUUGCCCCGAAUUUUUCUCCUGAAUUUCCUGGUAUUGAAAUAGAGAAGAGCCCCAGCGUUCGGAGUAGCUUCCCUUUCAGUUAA